AUGCAUGUAAUUGGGAAGAGCUUCAGCAUGAACAGUAAGCUUAGUUGCCAUCAAUGGGUCCACACAGAGGAGAAACCAUUUACAUGCAUGGAAUGUGGGAAGAGCUUCAGUCUUAGCAAUGACCUUAGUUUACACCAAGGGACCCAUGCAGAAGAGAAACCAUACAUAUGUAUGGAAUGUGGGAAGAGCUUCAGUCAUAGCAAUGACCUUAGUUUACACCAAGGGACCCAUGCAGAAGAGAAACCAUACAUAUGUAUGGAAUGUGGGAAGAGCUUCAGUUGUAGCAAUGACCUUAGUUUACACCAAGGGACCCAUGCAGAAGAGAAACCAUACAUAUGUAUGGAAUGUGGGAAGAGCUUCAGUCAUAGCAAUGACCUUAGUUUACACCAAGGGACCCAUGCAGAAGAGAAACCAUACAUAUGUAUGGAAUGUGGGAAGAGCUUCAGUCAUAGCAAUGACCUUAGUUCACAUCAAAGGACCCAUGCAAAAGAGAAACCAUACAUAUGUAUGAAAUGUGGGAAGAGCUUCAGUCAGAGAGAC